AUGUCGAAUGAUCAAACCGAAACAUUAGAAGAACGUUUAGAUAGACGACGUCGUUUGCAUAAAAGAAGAUUUCUAGAUAAUAGAACUUCUGUUGAUGAAUCAGAAAUAAAAUUAAUUAAUCGUAGUCCAAAAACAACACAAUCACUUGAUCGUCAAUCAAGUAAACGUAUAAUUCCAACAACGUUUAUUAAUCAACAUAAAAAAUCUUUACCAAUCAUUGAAAAUUCAUAUUCAAAAUUAAAUCAUAUAUUAUCUAGUAAUCAAAAUAAUUCAACUGCUCUCCGACCACAAUUAUCCAAAAAUCAAUUUUUUGAUGCUGAAAAUGAGAAACAAGUUUCAUCAAAAUCUCUUUCCAUUCAUGAACAGCAACAAAAUGCAAAACUUAUUAUUAACAAAAACACAAUUUCAUCCGUACCAUCAUCAGUGAUCUCUUCUACAACUAACGCAAAGCCUAUUCCCAUUCAACAAGAUAUUGGCGUAAAUUCUUCUCCAUCUCAUGAUGAAAAAUCUGUGAUUACUAAAGAAAAUCCUUCAUCCAUAUUUCUUCCAAUGGUUCCUCUUACAAAUACCAAAAAAUCUAAUUCGAUUGUACAAGAAAGUCAUGAAAAUCCUACUUCAAAUUCAAUGAAAGAGCUUUCUCAUACGUCAUUCGAUUAUCCAGUGCGUCAUUUACGAUCCAAUACCGAUAGUCAACAAUAUUUGAAUUUUACUGCAUUGAAUUCAAAGCCUAUUUCACGUACUAAAUCAGAACAAAUUCUAUUAAUAAAUAAAUCAAAACAACAACCAUAUGAUUCAAAAUUUAGUAAACUAAAUUUAUUAGCACUUUCAUAUGUAUUUAAUAGACGUAUGGUUAAUGUUGAAUUAGCACCUACAUCACCAUUUAAUAAUGAACAAUCACAACGUAAAACGGUUUGGGAUUGA